AAUACAAAAAGUCAAGACUUUUACUUACUUUCGUCGGAAUCGAUCUUUUCGGACGGAGUUUUCCAUCUCCUCAACUCUCACAGUUAAACAACUGUGUCUCUCUGUGUUCGAUGGCCACCACCGUCGCAGCAACAAAAUUCACCUCCUUGAAAGCCACCGCUGGGAAGCUCGGUUACCGUGAGAUCUGCCAGGUCCGUCAAUGGUCUCCGCUUCAGUCUGCGAUGCCUCAUUUCGGUAUGCUGCGAUGUAGACAGCCAUUUGCAACCUCCACUGUUGUGAACGCUCAAGCUCAAGCUCAAGCCACGGGUGUUGAGCAAACAACGACAGAAGAAGAAGAAGCUGUUCCAAAAGUGGAAUCUCCAGUUGUGGUUGUGACUGGUGCCUCUCGAGGCAUUGGUAAAGCUAUUGCUCUUUCCUUGGGCAAAGCUGGCUGUAAGGUCUUGGUGAAUUAUGCUAGGUCUGCAAAGGAGGCUGAAGAAGUUUCCAAACAGAUUGAAGAAUAUGGUGGCCAGGCUAUUACUUUUGGAGGUGAUGUCUCGAAAGAGGCUGAUGUGGAUGCCAUGAUGAAAACCGCUGUUGAUAAAUGGGGAACCAUUGACGUCGUGGUUAACAAUGCAGGAAUUACCAGGGAUACCUUGUUGAUUCGAAUGAAGAAAUCUCAAUGGGAUGAAGUGAUGGAUUUGAAUCUCACUGGAGUGUUUCUCUGUACCCAGGCAGCAACAAAGAUCAUGAUGAAGAAGAGAAAGGGAAGGAUCAUCAACAUAGCAUCAGUUGUUGGUCUCAUUGGUAACAUUGGGCAAGCAAACUACGCUGCAGCUAAAGCUGGAGUUAUUGGGUUUUCCAAGACUGCCGCCAGAGAGGGUGCUAGCAGGAAUAUAAAUGUGAACGUGGUUUGCCCUGGAUUCAUUGCAUCUGACAUGACUGCCAAGCUUGGAGAAGACAUGGAAAAGAAAAUCUUGGGAACAAUCCCAUUAGGACGAUAUGGACAACCAGAAGAUGUGGCUGGCUUGGUCGAAUUCUUGGCUCUCAGUCCGGCAGCCAGUUACAUAACUGGACAGACAUUCACCAUCGAUGGAGGUAUUGCCAUCUAGGCCUUUAAGCAAAAAAAAGUUAAAAUUGGUAAAACAGACAAAGUUGAGUUGUUUCUGGCACUUGGUCGGAUUUCUGUUUUGCGGUUUCUGUUUGGAGAGAGAGAUCUAUAACUCAUUUGCUUAAACUCCGUUACAUAAUAA